CUGUCGCGUUACCUGCUUAAAGGCGCCGCAGACUCUGUGAACCGCUUCAGCCUACUUCACGCCGGACAGGUAAAGGACGAAUAAUGCAAAGUUUGAUGGAUAUAAUGCAUAAUACAUAUGCCCUGUGGUUUGAGUACAACGGGAAAAUAUUGGAUUAAGAUAGUUUCCAGGGGGAACAGAGAGCGUGCAUUAUAUUAAAGAAGAUGAGGAGAAAACAACAACAACAUCUGAGACUUCCCGACGGGAUGUUUGCAGUUGCGACAAAUGAACAUUAUGCCUUGGUUUAAUAACAACUCAAGUAGUCCGAUCUGACUUUACAUUUGUGCGACCUAAAGUUUGCUCUAUUAUGGGAGAAACUGUGUGUUAUGCUUCACCUGGUUUUUGAAUCAUCCGGUGGGACUAACAUUUUUCGGUUGGAUCCUAAUAACCAUGUCAAAAGUAAUUCAGAAGAAAAACCACUGGAUCACCAAAGUUCACGAGUUUGCGGUGAGCCAGGACGCUUGUGAGCAGCUGAAUUUGGAGCUGUUUGGUGGAGCAGAAAACGGAGAGUUUCCGUACAUCGGAAAAGUCAAAGAGGAUGUGGUGGUUUAUAAAAACGGCCAGUUGUCCGAGGGAGAAUUAUUGCUGGAAGUUGAGGGUCUGCCGGUGUCUGGGCUGCCCCUGUAUGACAUUAUGACUGUAAUAAGGAGUUGCAAGGGUCCAAUAAGGUUGAAAUCUGUCAGACAAGGUCACAAGUUGAACAAAGACCUGAAGCAUUACUUGAGCCUGAGGUUCCAGAAGUCCUCUCCAGACCAUGAGCUUCAGCAGACCAUCCGGGCCAACCUGUACCGCCAUGCUGUGCCUUGUACGACACGCCCCCCUCGAGACGGAGAGGUCCCUGGGGUGGACUACAACUUCCUGUCUGUGGAUGACUUCCUAGACCUGGAGCAGAGGGGCACACUACUGGAGAUAGGCACGUAUGAAGGUAACUAUUAUGGGACCCCCAAGCCGCCAAGGCAGCCCGUCAUUGGGACAGUGAUUCUCAGUGAUGCUGGCUCCCAGCAGUCCACCCCCAAGCGCACCAAGUCCUACAAUGACAUGCAAAACGCCAGAGUAGUGCCUGCUGACGACCAGGAUGACGACCAGGCCACGGAAAUGAACAACAGUUUUACAGGUAACCCUAGUGACCAGGACGAGAGCCGCGGCGGCAUCCUCCGGCCGUACCCCGCGCGCGAGAACGCUCCGUCCUACGGUCUGAACAACGCGGCCGCCUCCACCUCAGACAGCGGUCAGCAGACACAUGCUCAGCCCCAGGCCUCCCCAGAGGACCCCCUGGGCCCCCUGCCAGACAACUGGGAGAUGGCCUACACUGAGAAUGGAGAAGUCUACUUCAUAGACCACAACACUAAGACCACAUCGUGGAUGGAUCCUCGCUGCAUGGACAAAUCCUCCAAACCUCUGGAAGAGUGUGAGGACGAUGAAGAAGGGGUACACACUGAAGAGCUGGACUCCGAGCUAGAGCUGCCUCCAGGAUGGGAGAAGAUAGAUGACCCAGUGUAUGGGGUCUACUAUGUUGAUCACAUCAACAGGAAGACCCAGUACGAGAACCCCGUGGUGGAGGCCAAGCGCAGGAAGCAGCUGGAGCACCAGCAGCAGCAGCAGCCGCAGCCUCCUGAAGGUGAGCGGUACAUUCGAGAGUGGAUAGAGGAGCACUCCUCUGCUGGUGGACCCUUGGCCAACUACGCAACCAAUCACCUGGAGACCUACCGCGACCCCCAGGUCCCACCCCCUCUGCCCCCUGGCCCUGGAGGGCCCAAACGAGGGAAGCCGUUCUUCACGAGGAACCCAGCGGAGCUGAAGGGGACCUUCAUCAACACCAAACUGAAGAAGAGUCGCCGCGGGUUCGGUUUCACCGUUGUUGGGGGUGACGAGCCAGAUGAGUUCCUGCAGAUCAAGAGUUUGGUCCUGGAUGGGCCUGCUGCCGUGGAUGGCAAGAUGGAGACAGGUGAUGUCAUUGUGAGUGUGAACGACACCAUCGUGCUCGGCUACACCCACGCCCAGGUGGUGAAGAUCUUCCAGUCCAUCCCCAUCGGCUCCAUGGUGGACCUGGCCCUGUGCCGCGGCUACCCCCUGCCCUUUGACCCCGACGACCCCAACACCAGCCUGGUCACCUCCGUGGCCAUCGUGGACAAGGAGCCCAUCAUCGUCAACGGCCAGGAGAGCUACGACUCGCCCUCCAGCCACAGCAGCCAGAGCGGCGGCCCCAUCAACGGCAUGAGGGAGCCCCGCCCCCACAGCCCCUCAGCCGAGGUGGCCUCCAACGGCUCGCACGGCUACACCAGCGACGUGCAGACCCUGGCCUCUUCCAUCGCCACCCAGCCGGAGCUCAUCACCGUCCACAUGGAGAAGGGAGACAAGGGCUUCGGCUUCACCAUAGCUGACAGCCUGACAGGCGGGGGCCAGAGGGUGAAGCAGAUAGUGGACUAUCCCCGCUGCCGGGGCCUGAAGGAGGGGGACAUUCUGAUGGAGGUCAACAAGAGGAACGUCCAGAACAUGAGCCACAACCAGGUGGUGGACCUGCUUAGCAAGUGUCCCCGAGGCAGCGAGGUCACCAUGCUGGUGCAGAGAGGAGUGGUGCCGGCCAAGAGGAGUCCUAAGCUGGUGCAGCAGCUGGAGAGGAAGGACAGCCAGAACAGUUCCCAGCACAGUGUGUGCAGCCAUCGCAGCACCCACACCGACUCCCCCAGCCACCUUCCCUCCACCAUGCCCAGCGAGGCGGGGGGACCCACUCCGGCUGCUCCUACCCAGCCCCUGCCGGGCCUGCCCCCCCAGGACCCUGCAGACGGUACCCUCACCCUUCAGAAGAAGCCAGACCCCUUCAAGAUCUGGGCCCAGUCUAGGAGCAUGUACGAGAGCAGAUUGCCAGACUGCCAGGAGCAGGACAUCUUCCUGUGGCGGAAGGAUACAGGUUUUGGAUUCCGCAUCUUGGGAGGAAAUGAGCCCGGGGAGCCGAUCUACAUCGGGCACAUAGUGAAGUACGGCGCGGCGGACGAGGACGGCCGCCUGCGCUCGGGGGACGAGCUCAUCUGUGUGGACGGCACGGCCGUGGUGGGCAAGUCACACCAGCUGGUGGUGCAGCUGAUGCAGCAGGCCGCCAAGCAGGGCCACGUCAACCUCACCGUCCGACGCAAAGGCUCCGGAUUUGGAGGGUCUAAAGGGGAGGGUGAGGUGCCACCCUCCCCGGCCUCUUCCCACCACAGCAGCACCCAGGCCCCCUCCCUGACAGAAGGCAAGCGGACCCCCCAGGGCAGCCAGAACUCUCUCAACACCGUCAGCUCCGGCAGCGGCUCCACCAGCGGCAUCGGCAGCGGGGGAGGCGGCGGCAGUGGCAGCGCUGUGGUGCCCGCGGCCCUGCAGCCGUACGACGUGGAGAUCCAGCGCGGCGAGAACGAGGGCUUCGGCUUCGUCAUCGUGUCCUCUGUCUCCAGGCCUGACGCUGGCACAACGUUCGCUGGAAAUGCAUGUGUGGCCAUGCCCCACAAAAUAGGCCGCAUCAUCGAGGGGAGCCCGGCGGACCGCUGUGGGAAGCUGAAGGUGGGAGACCGCAUCCUGGCUGUCAACAGCUGCUCCAUCACCAACAAGUCCCACUCAGACAUCGUCAACCUGAUCAAGGAGGCCGGGAACACCGUCUCUCUGAGGAUCAUCCCUGGAGACGAGUCUUCCAAUGCCUCUCUGCUGACCAAUGCUGAGAAGAUUGCCACCAUUACUACAACGCACACUCCACAAACUGCCACUGAAUCUCGGAACAACUCCAAGUCGAAACAGGCUCCUCCACCUCCACCCACACAAGCUCAGCCCUCACAGGAUGCAUUCUACUCUGUGGAUCUGGAGCGGGACAGUAAAGGUUUUGGCUUCAGUCUGAGAGGUGGCCGGGAGUACAACAUGGACCUGUACGUGUUGAGGCUGGCUGAGGACGGGGCAGCUGUCAGGAACGGCAAGAUGAGGGUCGGAGACGAGAUUCUGGAGAUCAACGGAGAGAGCACAAAGAAUAUGAAGCACGCACGUGCCAUUGAGCUCAUCAAGAAAGGGGGCAGACGGGCACGCCUGGUCCUGAAGAGGGGUGAUGGAUCUGUACCUGAAUAUGACGGCAGCAAUGACGGGCACUCUCCCACACCCGGGGCACAAAACACUGCGGAAGUGAGAACUCUGCCACCAAACAGCCGAUAUCACACCUCAUCGGAGUUCAGUUAUCCACCAGACCUUCACAAACCAUCACGCCAGGAGGAAUCUGCGCGGGGCAGAGACAGGGAUGGGGCUGGGACAGCCAGGAUGGACCAGCAGAGCCGGCACUUUACCCCCCACCACCAUCACACCUGGAACAACAACCACAGCCACAGCCACACCACCCCCAGGCAGCACUCCCCAGACAACAGCCCCAGCAACAGCGGUGGGAGCAAGAAGACCCGUGGACGUAAAGUCAAGAAGUCUGAGUCUGAGAGCGGCAUCUCCAAGCUCCUCAAGACUUUGAGGAAGGACAGCUCUGGGAAGAAGGCUGCAGCCGCAGCAGAGAAGGAGAGGGAGAGGGGCCGAGAGCUCUCCGCCAGCUCUACCCUGGACCACAGGUUUGGGCGACCACGUCGCGGUUCUCUCGACCGCUCCCCCACCCGCAAGCGCAACUCCUCCCCAGACCGCCGCCGUGCCAAGUCCAUGGACCGCAGGGCAGAACGAGCGCAGCGUGACCGCACGCCCGAGAGGGAUUGCGACGAUGGGGGUUUCCUCAGUCACGCCGCCACGCCAGAGCGACCAUACCAUGAGCGCAGGCUCCUCAGAGAGCCUCCAACGCCGGGCCGAGUCUUCAGGGAGGCCGCCACACCAGAGCGCCCCAACAACGGUGACGCCCUGUCCCACUCCAGGGGUCGCACGCCCGAAAGAAGCCUGAAGAACGGCAACCUCCUGAGAGACUCGUCUUCGGAGAGGGAGAGCAGGGACGGGAGGUAUGGGGUGAAUGGGACGCCAGAGAGACAAUACAGGAUGGAGAGGGACUCAUCCCCUGACAGCAGCUACAGCAGGGAGGAUGUGAACUACGCAGCAGCGCCCAGACUUAAGGACUACUACAGCAUGAUGAAGAACAACGCAGCCUACAACAACGCAGGCCAGAACAACGCAGGCCACAACAAUGCAGCGUACAACAACGCAGCACACAACAAUGCAGUAGGCCCAAACCAACUGCCGGAGCCCAAGAGAAGGCUGUACAAAGAGAGCCCCAAGGACCUCAGCAUCUGAAACAGAGCAGAGGCUGAACUGUGCUGAGCCCCCCUCCCCACUCACUCCUCCAUCUCUGGAGACUAUUAUGUACCAUACACUGGACUUGGACCUCUGAGGAGCUACCGAACUCAUGUGAUUUAUUUGAUCGAUUGGUUGAUUGAUUGAUGAUUUGACUUCUUGUGAUCCCAGCCAGAGAUUCAUACAACAGCAGCAGUACAAUCUUUGUUUCAGUUCAUACUGUUUGUAUUUUUGUUUGUGUUCUAUAGUUAAUUUGAGCAUGACAGAGGUUGUCGUACUCUGUAAAGUAUACUGUAAAGUAUGUGUACGUGCCUAUAUCAUAUCACAACUGAAUUUUUUGCUUUUUCUGUAGGCAACUCUGACUCCACAUAUUUGUUCCCUCAGAGGUUUGAGAAAUGCUUCCAACUGUGGUCACUGGUACUUCUUUUUAGGCUUGUUUUAAACUUGUUUUAGAUGUUGUUUUCCACCCUUGACUUGCCCUCUAAGGCAGACGUAUAGCACAAGAUACAGGUAGCAGAAAGCUUAAGAAUGGCUGCAGUGUUUACAUACUGUACCUAGGUGAAUAUUGUCCUGGACGAAGGCAAACCAAACAUUUUAAAGUAAAGAAUUAUAAUAUAUGACUUCAUUUUCUUUUGCAUGUGCUCUUUAUUUAUUUUAUAAUUGGCACAUACCAUAAGCAAGCUCUUUGCAAGCUUGGAAGGCCAACAAAUUCCACCACAUCCUCAAAUGUAUUUCCUCAACUGCUGUUUCAGAAAACUGUAGUUUUACCUCCCCCUCUGGCCUAAGUUAAAAGCUACUCAAUGUCUAGCAACAAAAUGGAGAGGAGAAGAUAAAUGACAGAAAAAUCCUUAAUGGGACAAACAUUAUUGGGGGUAUUUCUCUCACAGAGUAAAGGAUCAUGAAAACAAACAUGCCCACAAUGUUUCAGCUUUCUGUUCCUCUGCACGUCUAGCAAUGAGGCCCUGAGACUGGUAACCUGGUCUCUCAGCAUGCGGGAGGAAUGAGAACAUUAGUUUGGAGUUGCAGGAAAGGGAUGGAUGCCCUUCACCUGAGCCAUGUGUUCCAAUGCCAGAUUGAAGCACCUGUAUGGGCCUCACAGAGGAGAAUACCUGGAACAUGUUUCAGUGCUAAAGAAGGUCAAACACCUGUCUAGAGACUGUGAUGUUCCAACAGAACACCUAAUUAUAGCAACAUGCUCUCAUAAACUGUUAUCUCUCUUUGUCCAAAUUUGGGCGGCACUUCCUGGGUCCCAAAAAUUGAGGUGAUGUGAUUGUGUAAGGAGGAGUCUUGGUGUUGGUAACAGAUGGAAUGUUCUGGUACAGAGGUCAACCGAUCUGCCAUCCUGAGCCAUGCUGUCAUGCCACUGGAGUCUGACUGACUGGAGUCUGACUGACUGGAGUCUGACUGACUGGAAUCUGACUGCUGCUUCACAAUGUGUUUUUGUGUGUAUCUGUUUUAUGUUUCACUAAACUAAAAAGAUAUUGGAUGAUCCACAACAAAUGCAUUGUUUCAUCACUGUUGUCACCAUGGUACUGUAAAGAAAAAACUGAGAAUUUAAAAAAAGUGAAAAAAUAUGAAGUUAACCUGCCGGCCAUCACUUGUACAGAAUUUUACAAUGUAACUAAUAGGAACCUGUCAAGGAAUAAAAUGUUGCCUUUUUCUUGUACAAAAGAGAAAUUUAUGAGAAACCUCAGCAGUGAGGAAUGUGAUAUUGUGUUUAUAUUUCUGAAAUGGACCUGAUGAUUCAUGGGAAAUCUGUUAAUGUACUCUGAAUCAGGUAUGUAAAGAGGUUCCAAAAUGAAGGACUGUAUUUGGUCAAUCAGAAGCUGUUUGUUGGUUUGAAUAUCUCUCUUGAUGGUUAGCCUGCCUUUGUAUUAUAAAGCACUUGUAUGCAGUCUGUGUUCUUUAAGCAUUAUUUCUUGCAAUGUGCUCCAGACAUAAUGCUGUCUCUGUGUUGAUAAAAGCAGUACAUGUAUAUGGGCCAAUCUUUUUAUAAAACUAUGCAUAUAUAAAUACUACAUUGUUCAUAGCUUUAUUUGACCCAUGAAGCUAUACAUAACAUUAGUCUAAGUACAAGUAGAUGUGGACUUAUCCAGUAAAGCUUCUUUCCUUGAAAUGGAUCACAAUGUAUAUGUAGCUAUCAAAAGAAGUCUGUGAAUGCUAUUUUUAUUAUCAAAUAAAGUUUUCCAUACAAAU